AUGAAGGGUGUUAUAAGAUUUGCUAAGAAAGGGAAACUUAGUCCCCGGUAUGUUGGUCCUUACAGGAUAUCCAAGAGAAUUAACAAUGUAGUAUAUGAGUUGGAGCUACCGUCAGAGUUAGCAGGAAUCCAUCCAGUAUCCCGCAUUUCAAUGUUAAAGAUGUUAAAUAAGUUUAUGGGUGAUCCUUUACUUAUUAUACCUACUGAAAAUAUUGGUAUUAAGGACAACCUAUGUUAUGAAGACGUAUCCGUUGAAACACUUGAUCAUCAGGUUCGCAAAUUGAGAACGAAUGAGGUAGCAUCAGUGAAGGUUCUAUCGAGAAAUCAGUUUGUUGAGGAAUAA